GUUGGCGUGUUCGACGGGCAUGGUCCGUUCGGCCACCAUGUCGCCAACUUUGUUCAGGAAACGCUGCCACGCAUGUUUCUCCAGUCGCAGGGCUUCCUACAGAAGGAGGUAGAGAAGGCACUGAAGGACGCGUUCAUGGAGACAAACCAGAAGUGUCUCGAGCACGAAAGCUUUGACUGCCAGCUCAGUGGUACCACAGCCACCCUAGCCUACAUCAGCCAGCGCAUGCUGUACAUUGCGCACGUGGGCGACUCACAAGCUGUCGUUGCCUCCAAGCCCAAGCCUACGAAGGGUUCCGCUGCUCCCGUUGGCCUGGAGGUCGAGGUGCUGACGCCUGAGCACCGGCUCUCGCAAGAGGCAGAGAGGCAACGCGUUGAGGCCUCCGGCGGGCAGGUGAUGCAGCUCGAGGGUGACAUCCCCCUGCGAGUUUUCCUGAAGGGAAAGCUUUACCCUGGCCUCGUCAUUACCCGGGCAUUGGGCGACAAGGUUGGAGCCGAAGCCGGGGUUUCUUCUGAGCCAGCUGUGCGUGCUGUGGAGAGGAGACCAGAAUGGCAGUUCCUGCUGAUGUGCUCCGACGGAGUGUGGGAGUUCUGCGACUUCAAAGAAGCAGCAGAGAUAAUCUUCAAGUACCCGCCAAGCAAGGCGCAAGAAGCAGCCGAGGCCCUGGCCAGAGAAGCCUGGGACCGCUGGGUCAAGGAAGAGGGGAACGUGGUGGAUGACAUCACAGUGAUCGUUUGCUGGCUGCGUUCCUAA